AUGAUAGUCCCGCACCAGCCAAAUGAUGCGAUGCGGGAAAUUCAAGAGGCUUGGAAGGAGCAAAGGGCGGCGUUGGAUAUGCUCACGAAGAAACUGUCUCAAGUUGCGAUGUCACUGGGAGAGCUAAGGGGCAAUGAAGGAAAAAUCCCUGCCACUGUGCAGCCACCUGGUCGUGAAAACAUCAGUGAAGUGUCCCUAAGGUUAGGGAAGGUUUACCAAAACCCUAGCCCACCUGCAGUACCUCCGAUGGGUAUACCCGGACAGAGCCAGAAUGAAGAAGGAGAGUCUAGUUCCCCUGAUCAAGCAAAAAGGAGAGACAAGGGCAAAGUGGGAGGUGAAUCCUCAGAUGAAAGCCAAGAAGCGGAAGCAGAGAAGGUCAAGCCAUAUCCAUACCGUGGAAUGGUGACCAGGAAAAGAGAUGUCACAAUUGACGUGGCGAGUAUGUUCAAAGACGUAGAGGUCAAGGUACCACUCUUGACGGCCUUGAAGAUGCCCCCGAUUAGCAAAUUCAUCAAGGACUACUUUGCAGGGAAGGUCAAUGAAGAGGGUAGAAUGAUUGCAGAUGAGAAUGUAUCCGCAGUGAUCAAGCGGAGUGAUCUCUCAAAGAAGACCGACCCGGGAAUGUUCACGCUCCUAAUUUCAAUCGGAGAUAUCCAGGUCGAGCAUGUGAUGUACUAUCUCGGGGCGUCGAUUAAUGUUCUGCCAUACUCGAUUUACAAGAAGUUGGGGGAGGCCAAGCUAGUUGAUACUGAUAUAAUGAUACAGCUGGCCGACAAAUCGUGUAUUCACCCAGAACGAAUUUUGGAAGACGUGAUCGUGAAGGUGAAUAACUUUCUAUACCCAGCUGAUUUUUUCGUAAUCAAGAUGAUAGAGCCGGCAGCAAGAGAGUCGAGUGGAGUUCUACUAGGAAGGUCGUUCCUGUCCACGGCCAGCACCAUAAUAGACGUCCGUAAUGGGACGAUCAGCUUGGACUUCAAUGGAGAGCAGUUCACGUUCAAUAUUGAUGAAGCCGUGAAACGACCAGCAGACAGUGAGAGCGUGUACUCAGUAGAUGUGACUGAGACCUUAGUACAGGAACUUUUGGAGGAAGAAUUCCUACAGAGGCAGUUCACUGACUCCGCUGCUGAUGAAGAAGUCGAGAGAGAAGUUGCAGAGUGGUAUGAGACCAUGAAAAUCGGAGAAAUGGACGACCAAGCCGUCGCGAAAGCGGUGAUGGAUUUUGGUGAGCACUCGCGACCAGCUGGGUCAAGUGGGAAGGCUCAAGUAUCCAGCCUAGAGAAGUGGCUUGAUCAAGGCAAGCCAUUGGAAAGAGAAGCGGCAGAAAGCCCUUUGCCCACUGAAGAGCCAAAGCCAGCAAAGGAAUUGAAGCCACUUCCGGCACAUCUAAAGUACGCCUACCUGGGGGAGGAAGAAACAAAGCCUGUCAUCAACAACAGUCACUUGACCUAG